AUGUAUCGUCGCUCUAGAUCAACAACGAGUAGGUGCUUCCAUAGAAUAUUACGAUCGAUUAUAGCAAUAGAAGGUCUUUAUAUUCAGCAACCUACAGGUGAUGUUGUCCCGAGAGAAAUUCAAGAAAGUAGGAGAUUUUAUCCUUUUUUCAAGGAUUGUAUAAGGGCAAUAGAUGGAACACAUGUUCGUGUCCAUGUGCCUAAUAGAGAUGCCCCUAGAUAUCGUGGUCGUAAGGGAUACCCGACAAUAAAUGUAUUAGCUGCUUGUACGUUUGAUUUGAAGUUUACGUAUGUGUUAACGAGUUGGGAGGGUACUGCAUCAGACUCGAGAAUAAUAAAGAACACAUUUACUAGAAAUGAUAAACUACUAAUUCCAUCAGGUAAAUACUGUUUAGUAGAUGGGGGUUUACCUCAUACGAAUAAACUAAUGGCGCCAUAUAGAGGUGUUAGAUAUCAUUUAAAAGAGUACUCCAUGCGUGGUCCACAAAAUUCUAAAGAGUUGUUUAAUCUUCGUCAUGCUUCCUUACGUAACACCAUUGAGCGAGCUUUUGGUGUCCUUAAAAGAAGGUUUCCUAUCAUUCGAAAUGAAGACCGCGACAUAAAUCUCGAAGAUGAGGUGAUGCAAGAGAUCUUAAACGGACCACAAGAACAAGAUCAUCAUAAUUCAACAGAAACAGAUGAGGGUAAUAGAAUGGCAGAGCAACUAAGGAAUUCAAUUGCAAAUGAAAUGUGGGCAAAUUAUUUGACACAUUCAAACAAUUAA